AUGUGGGAAGCGGUGUCUGGCCCCCGGUGGCGCCCGCAGAACAGAAGGCUAAGCCGUCUGGGGUCUAGAGCCAGCUCGGGGAUCCUGCACCACGCAGCCGCGGCUUUCCAGGGACCUGCCCUGGAACACGCCAAGGAGGGCGGCCGAAGCGCUUUGAAAAGGGCCGAGGGCCACGUCUUGGCGAGACCGUGGGAAAGUCUCCUCGGGAGGAGCCACCGCCGGCCAGCCGCUUCGCGGCUCGCCUCCAACCUUGGCAGCUGAGCCACCUGUCACCCCGCCCAUCCGCCUACCCGCGCGGGCCGCCCCGGGCCUCCGCAGUGCGCAGGCGCGAGGCCUGGGGGCGGGGCGGGAAGGGGCGGGGCGGGAAGGGGCUGGCCGGCGGCGCCCUCGUCUAGGUCGAAGCGCUCACUGAAGAGGAGUUGUGCCCAACUUAGCGGUCCCGAGAGCUGCCGCCGCUCUCCCCGCGGAAUGGAGGGCACGGCUUUGGCUGUCUGCGAGAUUUUGAGAUAUUUAAUAAUUUACUGGAAGUGUGAAGCAGGAAUAUCAAAGGGAGCUUUACUAGAGGGACAGCUAGUGAUUUCCAUAGAAGCAUUAAAUUCUAAGCACCUGCCAAAUUCUCUUCAUUGUAUAACAACUAUUGCUGCUACAGGAAAUGUUCAUGGUGGCUUGGUCUUCAAGAAGUUUCUACAAGAAACACAUCCUGUGCUGCCCGGGUUCUCUCCAAGGCUGACUCUGGCUUCAGAGGAGGGGAGCCAUUCUCAAGACACAUCAGAUGUAGCACCCUGCCAGAUGUUUUUUGAGGUUGAUGAGAAUCCUCGAAGUUUGAUGACAGACUGUCUGGUUAUAAAGCAUUUUUUACGAAAAAUCAUCAUAGUUCAUCACAAGCUCAAGUUUAAUUUCAGUGUAACGGUGAAUGGGAUCCUCUCUACAGAGAUCUUUGGGGCAGAGAAUGAACCUACUUUGAGACUGUCCAGUGGAAUCACUCUUGUUGUGGGCUUUCAGCAUUAUGUGAGUAUACCAAAAUUCAAUUCAACUGAAUCACACUGCAUCAGAAUCCACCCUGUGCUAGGACAUCCAGCACCCCUGUCCAUCCCUGACAAUAUGGCUGACACGGACUUGUUGGGAGAACUGACUCUGACCCCAGCUGCUGCUCUGUGCCCCAGCCCCAAGGUCUUUACCAGCCAACUGAAAAGGAUUUCUUCACUAUACAUAUUUCUAUAUGGACCUUUGGGUCUGCCUCUAAUAACCUCACACCAGGAGCAUCCAAGCACCACUGUCUUCAGAGAUACCUCUUAUUUCAUCAACUGGAAGAAACACAAUUUGUUUAUGGUGCCCAGUUCGGACCUCAGUUUGGAUACACAUUUGGUGCUUCCAGAUGUGAGUUAUCAAGUGGAGUCCUCUGAGAGAAGUCAGUCUCAGGAUAUGGACCCACAGGGACUAACUCUGCUACUUUUCCUAUUUGUGGAUUUCCACAGUGGAUUGUCAAUACAGCAAGUGGAAAUCUUGGGACUCCAUACUUUGCUCACUGCUCAUCUCAGCGCCAUCCUCUCGGAGAGCCGCAGCACAGUGCAAGAUUCCAUGCAGUCAGCGGUGGACCAGGUCUUGGAGCCACAUCAGCAGGCUGCCAAGGCUCAUCAGAGACUGCAGGCCUCCCUCUCUGUGGCUGUGAAUUCCAUCAUGAGUGUGCUGACUGGAAGCACCUGCAGCAGCUUCAGGAAGACUUGCCUCCAGGCUCUUGAGGCAGCUGACACCCAGGAAUUUGGCUCCAAACUGCACAGAAUAUUUUGUGAUAUCACCCAGCAUAGGUUUCUGCACCACUGCUCAUGUGACACAGAGCAGCGCCUGGCCCCAGAGAAAAAGAAUUCAGCCCAGAGCGCCGAAGCCUGGCACAAGAGUCCUGGUCUGGAGUGCCUUGCAGAAACCAGCGGGCAAGCAGAAAACAAGAGGCUCAAGAGGAGCGACCCCAACCAGGGCAGGGAAGAAUCGCGAGCUCUGCACCCCGCCAGGAACCUGAGCCCGCAAGAGUCUGCCGCGCGCCGCCGCGAGCCCACCGAGGCCUCCCUCCCUGACGGAGGCUCGCAGAGCCGGGCGGCCCACGGCAGGGCCCAGGCGCCACACGCAGCGAGCCCCGCGGGCGGCCUGGAGGACCUGUGGCUGCGGGAGGUCUCCAAUCUGUCCGAGUGGCUAAGUCCGGGACACUGGGCCUAAGCGUCCGCUGCUGAGGGUCGCAGCGAGGCACGGACGCCCGGGACCCGCGUGUCGCGCCUCCCAUGGUUCAAUAAAGCUGCUCCAAGCA